AUGGCUGCCGAGCGCAUCCGAAUGCGAAUAAAUGAAUUGUUAUCAUCUGAAACCAAGGUUUGUGAAUCGCUGAAUCAACUUAUGCAAAAGCUACAGGAAAUCGAACAGGACAAAGCCUGGAAAUUGGGCCCUGAACAUGUCAAGUUGAUCACAAGAACAUCUGGAUGCUGUGAGCUUUUGAUCCAACUGCACGAGACCAUUGCAGAAAAAGUUGCGAUGUUCGUGGGUCCCUCUCAUCUAGCAGGCGUGUUUGAAGCGAGUGAAAACGAACUCAUCACUCAUCAUUCUGAAUUUCAAACUUUGUCUUCCUGUGUCAUGGUCGUCUUGCAGAAAAAGGCUGGAGGUCAAGUCAUAGGUGACAGAGCAGUCGGGACGUCACCUAAGUUGUUCCUCGACGAAAUGGUCAAAGAUGCGGCAGGAAGUCCAGAUGAAGAAAACGUCCGUAAAUGUCUGAAUAUUGCCAAACGCCUUACCUCAGAGAUUAAUGAGAGAAUCCGUGGCAUUCAAAGAAGAGAACGAGUAGUACUGAUAGCAUCUCGAGUCAGAGCGGUUCCCCCAGAAAUCGAAAUCGUCAAAGAAGGAAGAGAAUUUCUUCUGGAUGAUGGGUAUUUCCGAGAGCAUGGCAGAGCCGGAUAUCGCCAUCUGUAUCUUUUCAACGAUGCUGUUCUUGUCUGCAAACCAGGAGAGACUGUGAUUGGCAAGUUUUUCACAAAGAAUGAUAGGGAUCUUAAAUUCAAGAGGUUUAUCCCUCUUGCUGCGAUCAAACCUUCCGAGCUCCCAGUGGUGCGAGAUCCUGCCGUCUCGGAAGAAGACUCACCCGGCGGUUUGAGCCAGCUUCCCUUUUUCGAGUUGCGAGACAAGGCGGGGAAGUGUGCUUUCCAUCAUCAAGAUCGAGAGAAGCUUCAGGAGUGGGUGACAGCCAUUCGGAAUGCGAUCGAUGAGAUCACAGUGCGAGGCUCUCAGAACCCUGUCCCUGCAUACAGGUUACCCAAUAGCUCUGAGGACAUUCGCCAGCUUUCACAGGAUUUGUCGGGAUAUGUGGUUCUUGGAGACAAAGAUGGAGAGUCUGAAGUUUUUGUAUUCUGA